AUGAAUGAAGGCCUUGUGUGGGUGUUUUCUGCUUUCAUACUGGGAAUUAUUGUUUGUUAUGUUGCCAUUGGGAAAGCACAAAAUGGAUCUUUCAAGAGUGUAGAAGAAGAAAAACAAGAUCCGAAAGAUAUUGUCGACAAUGAAUGCGAUCAUGAAACCAUUGAUCCCAGAUUCAAAAUCAGUCGGAAACCAACCAAACAGGAAAAGAAAGAAGCGAAGGAAUUAUACAAAAACCGAAAACCCAAGACAAUUCAACAAGUUCUUCCUACAGAGAAAAUUGAAAUGAUCAAUGAUACAGAAAUUGCUAGGAAACAUGGAGAUGAAUUGUCACUGGCUAUCGGUGAGAGAAAAUAUUUGAAUUUGAAACAAUGGUACUGCAUGUCUAGACCACAAUACAAGUAUUCUUGUGGCAUUUCUUCUUUGACAUCGAUUUGGAAUUAUUUAUUUAGUACUCUUGGUCAUGGUGAUCUUCCUAUCUUAACGCAAGAGGAAGUAUUGACAUUGUUAGGUUUUUCAGAACCAUUUCAUGAGAUUCGAUUUGGACCAUUUUGUGGAAAUGAAACAAUUAUGCAAUGGUUUAAGGAACUGCUUUCAUUGUUCGGCAUGGAAGGAGAAGCUUGUAUAUUCUGGAAAUGUAAAGGUCUUCACACUACAAAACCUUCUGGGAAUGUUUUGGACGAGUUGAAAAAAGGAUUGAGAUCGAACCAAACAGCAUUUAUUUAUCAUUGCUACAAUCAUUAUAUGGUUAUUAUGGGCUUUGAUGAAAGUCCAACUCACCCACAACAUAUUUAUCAGUCCAUUACAAAUUCUGAGCAAGUAAGCAAUGCAUGGUUACUCUUUGGAGACAAUUCAAAACUACAAGAGCCUGUGGAGUGCGCAAAAUUUUCAGAUGUCGAAAAAGAUCUUAAUUGCGAAGCUCCGUAUUUCUUCAACAUUAGACAUCCAGAAAAAGGUAUUCAAAAACGAGAAGGCAAAUUUAAAUCAAUUAAUGUCGAUUGUAUACUGAGGUUCCAAAAACUGCCAGCGAAAAAAUCAUCUUCCCAAAGGACCCAAUUUGAUAAAACUCGAAAGAAAGAUCCAUUCCAGAAUAUUUGCUCUGGACCACCUCCUCCGCGUAAACGGUUUUCGUUCUCCACAACGAGUACAGCUCCGUUAUCAUCCAAUUCCCUCCACAACAAACAACAUUCCACUAAUUCUUCCAAUCCUUCAUUUCUUUCGUAUAGAACUCCAGAAAGCUCGAAAAAGCAAAACAAAGCAUGCUCUCCAUCACGGUCUAACAACACUCCUCUUUGCGAUAGAUUCAUUUCGAAUCGAAGCUCGUCGAACUUGAGGUAUGGUCUCUCAUCUCCGUCAAUUUUCGAUGCCCUCUCCAAUACCUCUUCGAACAGUAGCAGCAGUCGAUCCGUAGCCACACCCUUCCUUCGACGCAACAGUUUCAGUUAUGGACCAAGAGAAGACAGUAGUAGCUUCACUCCACCACACAACUCGACAACCACCACCUCCUCCUCUCCUAACUCCUCACUUUCAUUGUACCAGUACUACCAAUAUAACAACAACAACAACAAUCACCGCAUCACUUCACCCAGCAGGCCACUCAGUAGAGCAGGAUCUGGUUACUCAUCACCACGUUCCACAACAGGCCAUAACAACAACAACUCUCAACUCAGCACAACUCCUCCUUCGAUACUUUCUGAUUCUUCAGGAAGAAGCAACAACUCUCUCAAUAAUAGUUUGGGUUCAUCAACCAACAGUAGCACCAGUUAUGGACAUUUAGAUUUGUCGAGUAUGGCACUUGAAGAUGGAGUUGUGAAUUCAGGAGGAGGGUUGUCAACACUUCAUAACACGACAGAUCACUCGGAUGUAUCAUCCUUGAACAAUUCUUUACAAGGUGUGAAUCCUUUAAAUCAAAGCUUUUCCCUUAAUGAUCCCGAAUCUGUCGAUUACUUUUUACAAAUGCCCUUUCCUCAAACGAAUUUGUUUUCAACCUAUCAAGAAGAUAUUGCCGAUGAUGAGUCCACAACCUUGUCAACGCCCAGUACCGGUGCACCUAAUGGCUUUAAUAUGGAUGGAGUGAGUGUUGGUGGUAAAGGACAUGUUUUUAAUAAUCUUUUAAUUUCAGAACUCUUACCCAAUAGCCAAUCCAUAGUGAAUACUCCUUAUUUUCCUCCUUCUUCAUCUACUACCAAUUAUGAUUCUCUAUUUCCAUCUUUUACUCAAAACCAUCCAAAAAGUAGUAGUUCUAUUCAUAACAUGACUCAUCCACAGCCCAAACAACGCUCCUUACUACAAUCUCGAAGUGUGACAUCCUCUCCUCAGAGACCAAAAUCAUCUCCUACUUCGACAAAUUCUAACAUUUUAAAGUUCAGACCAAACUCUUCAAAUGGUAUUGAUAUCAGUAGAAGACAAGCCUAUCAUAGCAACAAGGGAAUUCCUGAACCAACUCUGAGUAUGCUCAUUCAUCCUAAUAACACAAUAUUGGCUAGAAAUGGUAUAAAUUUAAAAACAAAUCAACAAAUUGUAAUAUCGAAAGGAAACAGAACCAUUCCUGACAUACCUUUGCGAGUAUUAGACGCUCCAGGAAUUCGAGAUGAUUUUUAUUUGAAUUUAAUUGAUUGGGGAGAAUGCAAUCAAAUUGCUGUUGCCUUAAAUACUAGUGUGUUUUUAUGGAAUGCAAACAAUUAUGCUGUUUCGAAUUUAGUUUCUAUGAAUGACGAGGACAAUUUGGUUUGCUCUGUUUCAUGGAUGAAAACUGAUCCUAAUGUGUUAUCGAUUGGAACUGAGGAUGGAUUUGUGUCUAUUUAUGAUGUACAAAAACAAACCAAGAUUAGAGAUGUGCACAGACAUGCAGAACGAGUGGGAAGUAUUUCAUGGAAUGAAUAUCAAAUUGCUACUGGAUCAAGAGACAAUCAUAUUUUCAUAAGCGACAUCCGAGCCAAGAAUUCAUUGAUCAAACUCAGUGGACAUUCUCAAGAAAUUUGUGGUUUGCAAUGGAAUCUUAAAGGUAAUCAAAUUGCCAGUGGAGGAAAUGAUAACAAUUUGUUUGUAUGGGAACCAGGUUUUAAUUUCAGACAUCCAUUAUGGAAAUUUAAUGACCAUAACGCAGCAGUGAAAGCUUUAGCCUGGUCCCCAAAUCAUAGCAAUCUUCUCGUGUCUGGAGGUGGUGUUAAGGAUAGAUGCCUUCGAUUUUGGAAUACAUCCACGGGAGAGAUGUUGUCCUCAAGAAAAACGAGUAGUCAAAUUUGUAACGUCUAUUGGAGCAAGCAAACAAACGAACUGGUCACAACACAUGGUUUCAGCCAAAACAACAUUACCGUGUGGAGCUGUUUUCCCUAUGUAGAGCCAAUCACACAUUUGUAUGGUCAUACAGAAAGAGUUUUAUUUCUCACAGCAUCACCUGAUGGAUCUCAAAUUGUCACUGGCUCUGGAGAUGAAACUUUGCGAUUUUGGUCAUUAUUUACAGAACCUGAACGAUCGUCUAGUGACAUGAUAUCCCUAGAAAUCCGAUAG